CGGAGAACGCGGCACAACGAGGCGCGAGUGCGCGCCCUGCGAGCCCGCGCCGACUACGUGCUGAGCUUGGAGGCCGCCAACGCCACGCUGCAGCGGUACUACCUUGACGACAUAGCAGACAUUAUCCUGUGCAUGGAGGUGGGGUUCGAGGCGGUGGUGGGUCGCGCGGUGCGCACGGCGGGCGCGGCGGACGAGGCGCGCGCCGCGGCCACGGCGGGCGCGGCGGGCGCGUGGCGGGGCGCCGCCGCCGCGCUGGACGCGCUGGCCGGCCGCCAGCGCCUGCUGGACGCGCACGCGCCCGCCUUCGCGCUGCCGCGGCCGCUGCCCUACCAGGGCGCCGCGCCCGACGCGCAGGACCAGGAGAUGCUGGCGCUGCUGGGCGAGGCGGCGCCCGACGCGGCCGCGCCCGACGUGGCGGCCGAGCUGGCGCAGCGCCUGGCCAUGCUGGACGCGGGCGCGCGCCAGCUGCGGGCCGAGUGCCGCGAGAACGCCAAGACGCUGGACGCCGCCGAGGCCGAGCUCAUCAAGCAGAUGGAGGGCAGCGACUCGCAGUGGGACGUGAGCGGGCUGUUCGGCGCGGCGGGCGGGGGCGCCAGCGCGCUGCCGGCGGCCGCGCCCCCGCUGCCCGAGGACCAGGAGGACUACUACCUCGCGGUGAAAAUUCCGUUCAUACGUGUCGUGUGCGGGGCGGCUGGCGCGGCUGGAGAGCAAGGCGGCGGCGGUGCGCGGGCGGCUGCUGGGCGCGGGCGGGGCGCGGGGGCGGGCGGGGGCGCGCGCAGCCCGCCCACGCCGCCGCGCAGGGCGGCCGCGCGCCUGCGCCGCGGACAGUUCGCGGCGCCGCUGGACCUGCGCCUGCCCGUGGUGCUGACGUCAUGCGUGCGCGUCAUCGCCACGUACGGGCUGCGCCACCAGGGCAUCUUCCGCGUGUCGGGCUCGCAGGUGGAGAUGCAGGCCCUGCGCGCCGCCUUCGAGCGCGGCGAGGACCCGCUGGCGGGCGUGCGCGACGCGUCCGACAUCAACUCCGUGUGCGGGCUGCUGAAGCUGUACCUGCGCGAGGUGCGGCCGCCGCUGCUGCCGCCGCAGCUGCAGGAGCGGCUGCUGCGCGUGGCGGCGCUGGCGGACGACGCGGCCUUCGUGCGCGGCAUGCGCGACACGCUGGCGGCCUUACCGGCCCCCGCCGUGUUGGUGCUGCGCUACCUGUUCGCCUUCCUGGCGCACCUCACGGAGCACAGCGACCACAACAUGAUGGACGCCUGGAACCUGGCCAUCUGCCUGGGGCCCACGCUGCUGGCCGCGUGGGGCGAGGGCGGCGCGCAGGUGGCCGCGCAGAACCUCGUCAACGAGCUCGUCAAGCGCAUCAUCCUGCACCACGCCGCCGUCUUCCCGCAGGACAUCGCGCCCUACGCGCUCUACACCAGGCACAGUGAGGAGGAGGGCGGCGCGGACGACGAGGCGGACGAGCCGGACGCGGCGCCCGGCGAGCGCGACUCGCGCGACGCCCGCGACCGCUACGACGCACGCGACGCGGACGACGCGCCCGACUCGCACGACCAGCAGCAGUCGCACGACGCACACGACCCUACCGAUGACCUGUCACUGUGCGAUGUCGAUGACGAAGACACAGAUGACAUUAGCGAUGAAGACUGUGAGAGCGGGGAUUGGGGCGAACGCGACUCAGGAGAGUAUAGGAGGUGCAGGCGAGCGAGCCGCCGGCCGCCGCCGCCGCGCCCAGCAGGCUGGCCGACACGCCCGACCUGGUGCUGGACCUGCCGGCGCGCGCCGCGCCCGACGCCGCCGACACGUUCGCGCACAACCGCGACACGCUGCGCAAGCGGCGCGUGUCGCCCGCGCCCGCCGGUGCCGGCGCGCAACACGGCGCGCGUGGCCGCCAAGUUCGCGGAGCUGACGCUGACGGGCGGCUCGCUGAAGCCGGCGCUGGCCGCCAAGCCCGCGCUGCUGCGCCGCCCCACGCCGCACCCCGCGCCCCACGCGCCCCACGCGCCC